AUGAGUUUAGCUACAAAUAUGACGUGUUUGGAUUUGGGAUUUUGCUUCAAGGUCUCGGACAAAGACCUUGAAGCGAUUGGUUCGGCUCGGCGGCUAGUUCGCUCAGCUAUUUGAAUUUGGAAAACUGUUGCUCUAUUACAGAUGGAGGUUUGAGGUUUCUCGCAAAUGGAUCUUGCUCAAAAACCUUAAAGACAUUGGUCCUUGCUGGGUGUGUUUAACCUCACUGAUUUAGGGGUCUCGCUUUUGCGGAACAUGUGUUGCUCGGAGGAUCUGAAUCUGGCUCGCCGUAGGAAUGAUGUCACUGAUGUUGGAGGCGUAAUUGGACAAUUAAGAUGGAAAAGAAAAGGUUGCAGCACAGAACCUUUAUCUUUAAUUAUUUAGACUACAAGUAUUUUUGAGCUAUGCGACUUGUUUACGCAAAGUCGAUGCUCUCUCUGUCUAUACCAUCACUCUCUUUAGUUUCUUGUUACUGUAAACACUAGUAGUCUUCGGAACAAGGUUCUCAUUUUUCAGAAAGAGCUAGGGAGAUAGAUAGACAAGGAUGUCCACUUAUAAGACAAGAUCCCUUUGUUACCAUCUCUUCAUGAAAAGAAAGUGGGGGAGGUUGAACGAAUUUUACUCGGAUGAUUUCCUAAAUAUAUGCUUGCCUUUUACAGUGUUCAAGGAUACCGCAAUUCAUGUUGCAGUGUACAGUAACAACAAAGAACUGGUGGCGUCUCUGCUUCAGAAAGUGUAUGGAGAUGAUGGUGAACUCAGAGAUUACUUUUCCGGAGGACCAGGAACAUUUGUGAAACAGAAUGCAUUUGGAAAUACACCUCUUCACGAGGCAGCUUCGAUAGGAAAUGUCGACAUGGUGAAUAUCAUAAUGCAAUAUGAUCGGAAGCAACUGAAUACUAAAAACAAGAGAGGUGAAACACCCUUUUUUACGGCCGCAGUAUAUGGCAAUAUCAAUGUGAUCAAGCAUUUGGCGGCGGUGAUCAAGAAAGACGCUAUGGAGCAUGCUGAUGAUCAUGAGAGGCUAUAUUCCAAUCACACCUCAUCUCCCGGCUCCACCAUGCUUCAUGAAGCUAUUCGCGGCUAUUACUUUGAAACAGCUCUGGAGUUAGUAAAACCAGAAUACCACAUACGGACAGAUCGGAAGGAUUCAGAUGGCAUAACCUGUUUUCAGCUGCUAGCUAACAUUCCAUCUGCUUUUGAGAGUGGAUAUUCCUUUGGCAUAUUGGAGAAACUGAUCUAUCUUUGUAUGUCGAACUGCGAAACAAUUAGAUGUAAAUCAUGCCUUCCGGUAGUUGAUUACAGCAAAAACAACGACGAAACCAACAGUGUAUCUCAGGUCCCUCCAACUCCAAAUACAGAUUUGGAGCGUGGCGAUCACAGCAAAGACAAGGAUGGAAACAAAAAUGUAUCUCAUUUCCCUCCAAGUCCAAACACAGCCUUCCAGAAGAUCACAGCAAAAAUGUACGUCACCUUUUGGAGCAUCAUUGCUAAAGGUUCCCAUCUAUUAAAGAUCUGUGGGACACAAAGAAGAAGCACGGCAUGGUGGUGGAGCUUUCAAAAAUUCUGGCUGGAGGAGACAAGUCAUGGCAGGCCAUCGAGCAUGAAAACCACAAAAGAGAGAACAUAUUUCAUGUUGUUGUGGAGCAUCGGAGGAGACAGCUUUUGGAAUAUCUUCUCCAAACUUGUCAUGUUUCAUAUCCGAGGCUCCUGUGGAAAAUCAAUCAAGACGGUGACGGCAUUUUGCAUAAAGCAGCAUAUAAGAGUCACUAUUCCUCAAGGGAGAGGCCAGGGGAAGCCCUUCGCUUGCAGUCAGAUAUUCACUGGUUUGAGUGCAGCGAGUGAAGAAAUUGGUGCCUCCACAUCACAUCAACCAUCUUAAUCAUCAUGACAAUUUGACACCUCAUGCUUUGUUCACAAAAGAGCAUAAAGAACUGGUGAAGAAUGGCCAAGAAUGGUUAAUCAGAACAACAAACUCUUGCAUUAUAGUUGCAGUUCUUAUUGCAACAGUUGCUUUUACAAGCAUCUACACCUUGCCUGGAGGUUUGGAUCCAAAGACAGGCAAGCCCUUGCUCCUAACCAAAACACCAUUCACUGUCUUCACAGCAUCUGAUGUGGCAUCCCUUUGUUUUGCCUUCACCUCCGUGGUGGUGUUUCUAUCCAUCAGCACAUCGAAAAUGAAUGAGAGAGAUUUCCGGAGGGCUCUGCCAUUGAAGCUUGUUUUGGGGUUAAGCAUGCUGUUUUGGUCUGUGGCAGCAUUGAUGGUUGGUUUUGCUGCUACUCUUGACAUUACAAUAAACCAGAGGCUGCAUCAGGCUACUGCUCCGAUCAUUACCAUUGCUUGUUUUCCAGUUGCCUUUUUCCUCCUUCUGCAGCUUCCUCUCUAUUUCAAUAUUACUUGGUUUACGAUAAAGGACUUGCUGCAAACUCUAGUUGAUUGUAUUCCUCAACAAAAAUGUAAGAGUUCUAGCUGCAUUAUGCGCUAUCAAGUGAGCUUUGGUCAUUCAUUGUGUUAAUUCUGUGUUUAGAGUUUUUUCAGUUGAAAGAGUGAUUGAGCUAGCUUGCGUAAGGCCUUUUGAUUUAUCUAUUGUUUUGUAUCAACAGUGUCUUCAUCAAUAAACGCUUUGGAUCCAAUAAGUCAAGACAUUGUAAUUUGAUCACUUAAUAGACAGAAAGUCGUAUAUUUCACUUGUAAUUUGAUCUAUCUACUGUAAUUUAAUAACUAGGAUGGGGAAAGGAGCAUAGU